UUUUCAACGCUGUUCGAAUACUUCAAACUUUAUGCACGCAUUGUCAUUUUGAGUUAACGUUCGUUUUAUAAAUAUGACAUCAAAGGAAUAUUUACCUUUACGACACAAAUCUGUUGCAUCACAAAAGCCGAAGCGUAAAUAUGGGCUCCAAUCGCACAUUUCCAAAGUUAGCAAACAGGCAGGAUCUUCAGCAAGCAACAAAAAGAAUCGAUUUCAUAGCCUGAAACCUGUAAGCGACAUGAAAAAAUGGUCAACAUCCAAUGCUGACUCGAUGGAUAAAUGCCAAAACUCUUGUGGCCCUCAAUCGUCUGCUAACAGUAAAAUGGAUUUGAGUGAUAUUAUUGAGGAUGAAGAUUUUGCAGGUUUUACGGAUAUGGAAGACGAUGCUUUCCAGCUGGCCAAAUAUGUUGAGUCGGAUGGUCCUUUCGAUGAAAUAAUGGUUGAAACACAUCGAGAAAAUCGCCCAAAUCUGACAUCAAACGCCGUUUUUGAUCCACGAGUCGAAAAAAUGUCGAUGAGCGCCGCAUCUCUUGAAGAAUUAUUGGAUAUUUCAAUACUUGAACUACAGAAAGCAGGCAUGCCAUGUAAUGGUAACACAUCCAGUGUAACUUUUCGAAACAGCAUCCAGUCUCAGAAUAAUGUGGCCAACAAUUGCAAUUCAAACAGAAGUGACGAAAAUAACGAUGAAAGCGAAUGUAUUUUCGUUUGUGAAACUAGAAGUGGCGCAGCAACCUUUCACAAUGUCCAAAGCCAGAAAUCUCAUUCGUCAAGUGGAUAUCGAAGAAUGGUGUCGAAUGAAAGAGAGAUCACUGGUGACCAAAGACGAUCAGUUUCAGCGUCAGUUUCGUCACACUGUAAGGGUGCAGUUGGCCGGACACCAUAUACAACAUUGACGAAAGGUGUUGCACUCAAACAAAAAGUGUUCCAUUUAUUCAAUCAACCAUGCCAUAAAUAUUUGAAUGACCAGUGCAUUGGCGGCGUAUGCAAAUGGAACCACAGCUUGCCACCUGCUCGGGACAUUUAUCACAAACUGAUGCUGUUAAAUGACGAGACCGUGAAAUACAUGUAUUUCAAUUUCGUUUUGAGAACCAAAAAAGCUUUCCUCGUCUACUUUCCAUCGAUGUGCGAAGUGCUCGGAAAACGAAAAAUGAGAUCGAUUCUGAUAGGAGCAAUCAGCAAAUGUGAAGAACGGGACAUUGCAUCUCUUAAGUUUGUGUUCAGUGGGCUGGUAUUUUAUGGUUCGUCGAAAAUGGAAGCCCUAACCACCAUAACCGAUUACUGCAGCAAGAGCAGAAAGUGUUAUGACGUUCUUCUUGAAAUAAUGAUUGAAACGGAUGCUCUGUAUUUCGUUGACACGUUGAAGCAAUACUACUUAUACGGGACUAUCCGUACGGAAUCAAUGUACAAACUGUUACAACAAGUCGUCGACGCACCUGGUACGGCAUUAUUGUCGGUAUUUAUUGAUGUUUUGGAUAAAUACUCAAUGUGCCGCGGCUUCGAUGAGAAAGCAUUGAAAAAUAUUAUACCCAGAGCUGCGAGUCUCGUUAAGGGUAAUCUAAGUCUGACACAACAACUAAGUAACAUCGUAAAGCGAAUGGAUUAGUUUUGUUACUUUGUUUUACUUUUCUGUAUAAUUUUGAGCAUUUUUGAUAUUUUGGAUCCUUCGAACUGCUUUGGACUUUUUUCAUUUUGUUCUUUUGAGUUAUUUGCUUUGAAUUUGUCUUCCUUUAAUUUUGUUAUAUUUUGAAUCUGUUGAACUGCUUCGAAAUAAUUGAAAUUCAUUUACCAGUAAUUAACAUGAAUUCACUUCUAUUAAUUUACUUUCUGUUUUCAUUAAUAAAAACCGCAAAACAAAA